AUGAGGUUUGGCCUUGCGUUGUUGCUCUCCUUUAUGUUGAGCAUUGUUAAUGUCAACGCCAGUGGAUUCGCGAUUCUUAAGUCCGCUUCUGUCGCCGAGUGCAAUGCGAUGGGUAAGCCUGGUGUUAAGCAGGCGGACAAAUUGGACCCGUCACGCCAUUACAUGAACCGUGCACUGGUCUACUGCUACCCUGGAGCUGCCAAGUACGCCAAGCCCGUGAUCCAAUUCGUCAUGUUGGGUGGUGUGGAUGACCUCCAGAAGAAGCUAUUUAAGGAUGUAUCAUUGAUCAUCACCAGAUUUAUGGCCGUCCAUGACUCCCACAAGAGAUAUUGCAGAAACGCCACCGUUAACGUCUGCAUAGAAAAGAUCGUAUUGGACAAAUAUGGAAAAAUAACCAGCAGGAAGCAAAUAGAUUGCGUCAUGACUCCGAAUAUGACCACACCGGGAACAAGGAUUAGGGUCACUUUCUCGAACGUGCUCCAGAAUCCGAACGUGGAUUACGAAAACUUCCACGUAACAAUAAACGGCCAGAGAAACUGCACCUACGGUUUUGUCGUGGAACUAGAGGAGCCGAACAACUACGGUGACACCGUGCGAAAAGCCACGUGA